UUACAGGCUAAGAAAUCUUUCAAGAUCAAACAAAAGUUGGCUAAGGCUAAGAACCAAAAUAGACCAUUGCCACAAUGGAUCAGAUUAAGAACUGAUAACACCAUUCGUUACAAUGCUAAGAGAAGACACUGGAGAAGAACUAAGUUGAACAUCUAA